AUGCUGGCUGAGGUUUGGGUGAAAACUCCAUCUCAGUGGGAGCACAUUUGUGAUUCCAAAUGCAAAGGAACCAGGCAGUCGCCAGUCAAUAUCGACACUGAUAAAGCAAUAUUUGAUUCAAGUCUCACAAACUUCACCUUCAGCAACUUCUCAUAUCCACACAGCAUAAGUCACCUUGUAAACACUGGACACACAGUAAAAUGUGUGUUGGAGAACAACGUUGUGACGGUGAAAGGGGGUGGUCUCAGGUACGAGUAUGCUUCCACUGAGCUGCACUUCCAUUGGGGCAACACAACAUAUCCAGGCUCUGAACAUUCAGUCAACCAAAACAGGCACCUGAUGGAGAUGCACCUUGUAAGCCUAAGGAAAGGACUGACGGUACAAAACGCAGUGGAGGAUCCUGAAGGAAUUGCAGUCCUUGGAUUCUUUAUUGAUGGCACCAGUGACAAAGAAACACCAGAAGCAUGGAAGAAUCUGACGUCACACCUUGUGAAAAUAACAAAUAUAAGCACUAACAUCACCAUGAAUCGCGUUGUGUCUAUCAGCGAUUUGCUGAAUGGUGUGAAUCUUAGCAAGUUCUAUCGCUACAAUGGGUCCUUAACCACCCCUACAUGUGAUGAAGCCGUAGUGUGGACAGUGUUUCAAGAGCCGAUCAGUGUCAGCAAAGAUCUGAUAGAUCAGUUUCCGGAAACUAUGAACUACCAGAACAUCUAUCGACCCCAACAAGAUCUCAAUGGGCGGAAAGUGUUAUCUUCCUUCGUAACCAAUAGUAAUUCAGGUCAUUCAUGGUGCUACAAUGGCUGUGAACUGACCGUCUCCCACUGGGACACACUGCACGGUUCUUAUUGUGGAGGCAAAGAGCAAUCGCCCGUCGACAUCCACACCAGCGAUGUGAUCCCUGACGCAGAUCUUAAACAUUUCAACUUCAUCAACUUCAGUAACCCACAUGCCAUCGCCGCCCUUGAAAACACGGGGCACACAGUGGGCUGUGUGCUGGUGAAGAACAAUGUAGAGAUCAGUGGAGGUGGCCUGAAGGACCAGUACUCCACCGUCCAGGUCCACUUCCACUGGGGAAACGUCUCGGACUCCUCGCUCGGCUCUGAGCACUCUGUCAACUCCAAGAGGUAUCCGAUGGAGAUGCACAUUGUUAAUGUCAAGAAAGGCCUCACAAUGGAUGAAGCAAAGAUACAGCCAAAUGGACUUGCUGUGCUUGGCUUCUUCAUAGAGUCAGUAGAUGAACAAGUGCAACACAAGAGUCACAGGGAAACUUCCUCAUAUCAGGUGAUGAAUACUGAAGAAAAAAAUUGCUGGAAGACUCUGACCUCAUACUUUAAAAAAAUACAGAAGAAAGGAAGCACAGUUGAGCUGAAUGAAUCAAUUUCACUGGAUGACUUGAUUGGAAAUGUGGACCGUUCCCAGUAUUACCGUUACUCUGGGUCCCUGACUACUCCCAGCUGCAAUGAGGGUGUAAUAUGGACUAUAUUUAAACAACCAAUCAAAGUGAACAAGAACUUAGUGAAGAUGUUCCCGACCCAGAUGGGCUACAUCAAUAUCUUCCGGCCCCAACAGCCGCUCAGCCACCGCAAUGUCUACACCAGUUUGGCUCCAACUCACAGCAGACCCCUUGGAUUCUCACUGUUCAUGGCCCUGCUGCUGGUCCUCUGCGGGGUGAACGUCCUUCAGUGAAGAGCAAGGAACAUCUUAAAGAUGGGGAUGAGAGAUGUUAGAAGGGCUGAGGAACAAAACUGAGGGAUUCUACUAAGUGCAGGUGGAUAAUAAGAAGGACAGAAGUGGUAGGGAGAAACAUAUUAAAAAGAAAAUUACCAUGUACCAGGGGAGAUGCGCUGCACUA